AUGUGGCAGGCCUACAAUGAGAUUGCGAGCAUCGAAGAGAAGUCAAUGAAGGGGUACAUGUCUCCUGAGGAGGUCGCUAACGAGCUCAUCCGCCGUCGCGAGAAGCAGCUGGAUAACUACAUGAGCGGCGUCGACCUCGAGAAAGAAGAGCGCAGUGACCAAUCCAUCGAGAACAGCUACUGGCUCUUCGUGCCCGUGGGCAUCGGCGCCCUCCUGGCCGCGUACUACCUGAACAUCACCUACACCGACUUCAAGGUCCGCGACUGCGUCCACAACCGUCUGCAAUGGCGCGCAGUUCUCCCUUAA